GGAUGACAUAACGUGAUAUUCUAUCCAGUAAUAGACGAACGAUGUAUGAUCCUUCAUUUAAAUACAGAGCAUAUAAGUAGAGUUAGUCCAGCGGCUGCACGUAGAUUUCCAGAGAUUUACCAACAUGCCUGAUCCCUCUAAAUCGGCUCCAGCCCCCAAGAAAGGGUCCAAGAAAGCCGUCACCAAAGCACAGAAAAAGGAUGGCAAGAAGCGUAAGCGCGGCCGCAAGGAGAGCUACUCCAUCUACGUGUACAAGGUGCUGAAGCAGGUGCACCCCGACACCGGCAUCUCGUCCAAGGCCAUGGGCAUCAUGAACUCCUUCGUCAACGACAUCUUCGAGCGCAUCGCCAGCGAGGCGUCUCGCCUGGCGCACUACAACAAGCGCUCGACCAUCACGUCCCGCGAGGUGCAGACGGCUGUGCGCCUGCUGCUGCCUGGGGAGCUGGCCAAGCACGCAGUGUCCGAGGGCACCAAGGCGGUCACCAAGUACACCAGCUCCAAGUGAGGCGCGUCCUGGGUGCCCCCAAACCAAAGGCUCUUUUAAGAGCCACCCACACACUCGAUAAAGGGUUUUGAACACGGUAAUGGUUCACUUGUGUUGCCGUGCGCCCCAGUGGCUCCCCAUGACUGGGUGCGGUCGAGUCUGAGUGGUUGGUUUGAAUGAAAUGCACCGGAUCACUGAUCACAGUAGAGGUGGGGGAAGAAAACAGCUCUGGGCCGGAAAAAGCGUUAAGUGCCGGGGACUGGUUCCUAAGUCACUCUUCAGAA